CCCUAGCAAGCAAGUGGAUGCUCAGGCUAGCUAUUCAUAAUAUACGGCCCUUAUCUAUCAAAAAAUUGACCCUAAUAUAUUAUAGGUUGAUACUGCGUCUGUCCCAGAUUGCGUCCGCGAUCGGCCGCGCGCAGAAGCUCGACGGCAGUAGAGCCGCAGCCGGGACCACUCCGGCGCCGCGAGAGGUGACGACGGCCUACAAAUCACAGCGCUCCGUGGACACUCCGCCCAAAUGUGCGACUUCUGGGUGAGCCAGGCGCGCCAUUACUGCAAUUACUGCAAGGUCUGGACGAGCGGCUCCAAGGAGUCCGUCCGGCGCCACGAGGAGGGCGCGCGGCACAAGGACCGCGUGGCCCAGAUCCUCAAGAAGAAGCGACAGGGCCCGCGCGUGCCGGCGGACGCGCGGAACCUCCAGAAGCAGCUCGCCGAUAUCGAAGCGGCGGCGGCGGCCUCGAUGGGCGCGUCGGCGCGCGGCGAGCGCGGCGCGUUCGCCGGCGCGCUAAACGCCGGUGGGCUAAACGUCUCCGCGCCGGCGGGCAGAGGCGGACGGCCGACGACGUGGCCGGGCAUGGGCGAGGCGGGCGGGCACCGAGCGCCGCCGCCGCGCGAGUGGACGGGCCCGACGUGGCAGAUGCCGCGAUCGGCGGACGACGCCGAGGCGAUGGAGGGCCACCGUCCCGCGGGCGACGACGACGCGGGCGAGUACACCGUGCGCGGCGCGCUCCCGGCGCAUUUUCGGGGCAUCGAAUCCGUCUCGCUCGCGCCUCGCAGAGUCGCUCUGUCGUGUCCGCUGCAGCCUCGUUGUAAUAGAGUGGUCGGACGCGCGUUCUCGCAGGCGUACUCUACUUCGCGGGCGAACGACACCCAGACAAGCUCCGGACGCGAGGGGUCUGUGAGGUUUGGCUGGAGUCCGCGGAUGCGUGGGUCCCCGCGACCAUCCUCAAAGUCAAGCGCCACGCCAAGGGCGCCGAGGGCGGCGAGGUGCGCACGUACGACGUUCGGCUCCUCCCGCGCGACGCGGCGCCGGCCGGGCCGCCACCCGCGCCCGGACCGCCGCUAGACGCCGCGCCCGAGCGCCGGGUCCCGUGGCACGCAGCGACCGCCGAAACUGCGGCGGCGCCGCCGCUGAGCCGGACGGCCGCGCACCUGGCGGCGGUCGCGCGCGACGCGACGCUGCGUGACCUCGCAGCCGCCGAUCUGCGUGUCGCCGCCGUCGAUGGCGCGUACGUGCCCCGCACGGUCGACUGUGACGAUGGCGCCGACGCGCCGCCCCCCGAGUCGGUUCGGCCGGCCGCUCCGAUUGCGCGGGACGAGGCCACGGGACUCGGAGUCUGGCAGACCGUGGCCGUGCGCCAAGUCGACGACGCUGCCGAGGCUUCCGCCGGGGCCCGCCGCCGGGAGAACGCGGAUGCGGCCCGCGACAAACGCGACCGUCAGCGACGCGAGGCCGCAGGCUCGAUCGACGACCGCGCGCGGCAGAUGUGCGAGCGCGCCGAGCGCGUCGAAGCCCUGUCCUCGCAGCUCGGCGUCCACGACCGCACCGACGAAUACCGCGGCAUCAAGCUCGCCGACGACGACGCGGCCGCCGCCGAGCGCGCGCCGCAGCCUGCCCGCGACCCGGGCGCGCCGCCGCCUGCCUUCAAGCGACGCAAGGUCCACGCUGCUUUCCGCAAGAAAAAGGCCGCAGUCUGA